UUUUACAGGAAAGGAUUUCUGCUUGGAAAUUGAAUGGCUACUGGGAAAAUGAACAUUAGUGUUGAUUUGAAAACUAACUCUGCUGAACUGGUUUUAGGUGUGGGAGGAGUCGCUCUUGGGGAGAAGAAUAGGGAAAAAAUGAAAGAUUGUCAACUUAGAAAAAAGCAGAAUGAAAACAUCUUACAAGCUAUGAUUGCUUUGCUGAAUUCUGGAGGGGGAGUGAUCAAGGCUAAAAUUGAGAAUGAAAACUAUAGUUACCCAAAAGAUGGAAUAGGGUUAGAUUUGGAAAGUUCUGUUGGAAAUAUUCUUCCAUCUGUUCAUAAAUACCUAGACUUUAUGCAGCAAGGUGAAUAUUUUCUAAUUUUUGUCAAAUCAUGGAGCUCAAAAACCUCUGGUUUACGAAUUGUCACCUUGAGGUCCAAUUUGUACAAAAGGGAUGUAACAUGUACAAAUAUCAUGGAUGCCACUGCUACAUCAGAGUUCCUCAGAGACAAGAACAAAACUAAGGGGAGAUUGUAUAGAUCUAAAUUGUCUCCAAAGCAGAAUGCACAAGUAGAGAGUAACGUGAAGGCCUUGACUGAUGACUUUUUUAACAGGACCCAACUUAGGUACAGAGAAAAAAUCCCCUUUGCUGAAUCCACACUUGUUGAAAUGAAAGCCUUCUCAACAGAAAAGUUGUUACAACGCAUUAAAGAGAUUCUCCCUCAAUAUUUUUCUGCAUUUUCAAAUACUGACGGAGGAUAUUUGUUUAUUGGUUUAAAUGGGGAUGAAGUAAUUGGCUUUAAAAGAGAAGUGAGUGAUCUUAACAAGUUAGUUUCAGAAAUAGAAAAAUCCAUUAAAAAUUUGCCUGUCUAUCACUUCUGUAAGGAGAAGAAGGAGAUAACUUACUCAUGCAAAUUCCUUGAAGUAUAUAAUGAAGGCCAUCUUUGUGGAUAUGUCUGUGCCCUCAAAAUAGAGCCAUUCUGCUGUGCAGUGUUUGCUAAAGAGCCAGAAUCCUGGCAUGUGAAAGACAACAAUGUGCGUAAGUUUACCAUAAAGGAAUGGAUUUCCAACAUACUGCCUGCGAACCCAAGUGAGGAAGGGAGAUUAGGAAGGAGGCUCCGUAGGGCUAGGAUGGCAGAUUUUGUCUAUCAGUUAUGCCACCAGGAAAGAGAUAUUCUGGAAGCCCUCUGCAAGAAACUGUUCUUACAACACAAAGGACUUGCACAAUUAACAUGUAAAGAAAUGGGCUCUGUUGGUCCAGGGACAUUGAUAUUUUCUAGGACCUGGUCUUUGCAUCUGGGCUUGCAAAAGAACCAGAAUGUAAUCUGUGGUGCUCUUCUAAUUGCCCAGGGCUAUCCACUAGUCCUACAUACCUUCUUCAGGGUACUACAUAAAGAGUUAACAGGCUACUCUUUGCAAGCUGCCUUCACUUUAAAGCAUGAACUGGUAAAAAUGGGUGGUUACACUGGGAAGGUGUCGUGCCAAAGAUCUUCUACUUGAGUGAAGAGCUUUCCACAUUGACUGAAGACAAUGCAAGUUCUUUUCACUGAUAUAAGCGCCCAGAUAUUUUAUCCCGAAUCCCACAAUCUUGAAACCACCCAAACAGUAAGAGACUUGAAUCAGGCCCUUUAUACAGUCCUGAUGACAUUUUUUGAGUGA